AUGCAGAAAAUCCAUACCCAAAAGCAUUACCAUCAUAAUCGAAGGCAAUUGAAGCCGGAAAGCACGCGGCUUCUCGGCGUCGCCGUCGCCGGCUUAAUCAGCGGCGCAUUGCUCAUCUCUCUAUACCUACGCGCGCCGCUCUUCUGCGGCGGCGCGCCGGCAGAUCCGCGAGCCGAGGAGAACGGGACGGCGGCGGCGGCGCAGUCGGCGGCUCAAGUGGAAGCCAUUGUCCACUACGCCACUUCACGCAUUGUGCCGCAGCAGAGCCACGCCGAGAUCGGCGUCUCCGUCGGCGUGCUGAAUUCCCUCGGCGGCUCGGCUAACUUGCUGGUGUUCGGCUUGGGUCACGACUCGCUCAUGUGGGCGGCGAUUAAUCCACGUGGCAAGACGCUAUUCCUCGAGGAGGAUCCGAAGUGGGUGCAGACGGUUCUUAAACACGCCCCCGGUCUACGCGCGGACACCGUGCGUUACCGGACGCGCCUCUCGGAGGCCGACGAGCUGCUGCGGCGGCACUACGGCGGCGAACCGGACUGCGCGGCGGCGAAGUCGUUCCUGCGGGGAAACGAUAAGUGCAGAUUGGCGCUGAAUAUGCUGCCGGAGGAGGUGUACGCGACGGAGUGGGACAUGAUAAUGGUGGACGCGCCGCGGGGGUACUUCCCGGAGGCGCCGGGGAGGAUGGCGGCGAUAUAUUCGGCGGCGGUGAUGGGGCGGAACCGGCGGAGGUCAGGUGCGACGCACGUGUUCGUGCACGACGUGGACCGGCGGGUGGAGAGGAUGUACGCGGAGGCGUUUUUGUGUAAGAAGAAUUUGGUUACGGCGGUGGGGAGGUUAUGGCACUUCCAGAUCCCGGCGGCGGCGGAUCUUGGCGGCGGCUUCUGCUAGAAUGCGCCGCGAGUAUGGAACGCGCUUGGUAUCUACAGUGCGCCGCCGAUCAUAUAUUUUUCUUUUCUUUUUUGAAAUCGCAUCUGACAGCUCACAAAUUCCGGAUUACCUUUUUUUUUUUUUUUUUUAAAUGAGUAAUUAUUGUGAUAGAAAUAUAUUUUAUAUAUUUAUAUAUAUAUAUAUAUAAUAAUUGGAUGGACAGAUGUUUAGGUGAUGAUAAUUGAAGUGGGGGAAGUAGGAUUUACAAAAAAUAUUUCAUCCUGUUGUCUCUUCUCAUGGCAUUGUACACUGCUUGCACCUGCAGAGUAAAUAUACAUGCACUUCACAAAAUCA